AUGCUGCGUUCUCAUGUCCAGACGACUGACUGGCACAGAGUUGAUGAGGCUCUGCACGUGGGCGUGGCUUUGGGCGCAUUGAAUGAAUUGGAUGUAUAUCACUAUACCCUACGUCGGCUCCGACACGAAACGUGCACACUUGACCCACACUCGAACGCUGCGCAAGUCCUCUCUCACAUGCGGCAGAGUGGGACGAAACUCGAUGACUCAACACUCGCUCAGCUCAUGCACACACUGGUCGUACCUGUUCGUCGUGCUCACCGCAUGCAAGUCUCUCCGGACGACAUGCUCAGUGUCACGAGACCUGUGCGCCGUAUUCUGCAGACUUCGUUCCUCUGGAUCUGCGGCAGCGGAGCGAGCCGUGUACAUAAAGACAGUCAAAGCGAUGGCGUCGCUCUGCACACAUCGCGGACCCCCUUGUUUCGAUGUGCACUGUCCGAAAUGCUAGAGCUUGAACUUUUUCUCGCGUACGCUAACCACAUGGCGUUCGUGCGACACGCGCGUAAGCAUCAGCAGCGGUUCUUGCGCCAGCCCGAUCCACCCGUGCAUGUGCGAUAUACUGAGCCAAUUCGACGGAAAGUCGCAGCUAUUCGUCUAGCGCUGGAUCGAGAUCGCCGUGCUACAAUCGGCUCAUGCGAGCGCUCGAAAGACGAUCCAGAUCACUCGACGGCCCCCUUUAUUGCUAUGGAUAUUCCCUUGGUCCGCCUGGAUAUCACAUUGCAAGCUUCGCAUGGCGCGUGGGCACAGGCCUGUGACGAACUGCGUGCUUGGGUCGCGCGGGACACCUCCGCACCAGCGGUGUAUGAACAACGGCGUGCCAUCGUCACACUGUUCUCGUUCGCAUGCAAGCAUGGGCGUUUGUGCAGACUCUAUGAGAUGCUUGAUAUCCUGAUCAUUAGCGAACAAGGGCAUUUAUGGCGUGAUGGAGAGUCGAUGGCGCCUGGUGCGACACUUGUCCGGCUGUGGCUGCGAUUCGUCGGGGCUUGGACACACGGCGUGGGUGUGCGUUGCGGGAUGCAGAGACGCGAAGAAGUGGCCUUGGGCCCCUACGGAUGGACGCUCAUGUCCCAUGCACUUGAUGUUCUCAUGCGUACUGCAAUGCGCGUGCCCGUAUCAUGGGCAUGUGUGCUGGACCAUCCUGAGCGUUGCCGUGCUUUGGUCCGUUCAGCCGUGACGGCAAACGGUGACGUGGAUGUGAUCUUUGCGAGCCUGAAAGCCAUGAAAGCACCCUCGCGUGUAUGGCGCUGGGCGGAGCAUGCAUUGGAGCAAUCUUCAUUCAGCACAACUCGUUCGCAACGGACAUGCCCCAACAUGGCCGGUCACCAGGCGCCCACACAGCCAGGCCAUAACGACGGAGACCUCAGCCCCGUGUGCGAGCGUCGAAAUGAAUUACAUAAUCACACCUACCCACACGCCUCGCCUCUCAUAGGACUUAGUGAAGGGCAUCGCUAA